GAACUACAAUGAUAGGUGCAUGAAGUGUAUAUUAAUGUCUCACUAGGGCUGCGGGGCCCCCCUUUUGUCCCGGCUUUUCCGCUUCGGGUCCCCGAACCCUGAAAUAAGCCAUCAGACUUGCAACUUGGCAGACGAUAGACGGAAUCCACCUAUUACAGCUGCCAUCUCAUAUUAAAAUGUGGAACCAGGGUUUGCCCCUGGAUCGGAUACGGCGGAUUUAUCGCCCCCAUAAGAGACUGAACCAGAUGGUGCAUAUCGCAUCGGACUGAGGGUCUUGCCAACUCCUUUAACCCCAUCCCUCCCGCUGAGGUGCUGCACCAUCCACAUCUCACCAUGAAAGGUAUCUUCACAACCCUCUGGGCUACGACCCUCUACUUCGCGACAAGCUAUGCAAUAGCGCGCAACUGCCUCUCCGGCAACACAUACACCACCCAAGAGGGCGAUACCUGCGACUCCAUCGCCCUAUCCCACAGCAUCUCAGCAGCGACUAUGUUCUACACCAACCCCAACAUCCUCAACUGUUCUUCCAUCCUCCCUGGCACUCCCCUCUGCCUGCCUCUUCAAUGCGACGUGUACACCGUCCAACCUGGGGAUACAUGCACCACCAUCGCCCUGAAAUUCUACAGUAGGACGCAGAAUAUCAUCUCCUAUAACUCUCAGCUGAGUUGGGAUUGCUCGAAUCUUCAUUCGCCGGAUCCGUACUGGGGCUCUACGGUGUGUGUUUCUGUUCCUGGGGGUGAGUAUCCGGGGAGGUCUUUGAAUAGAUCGGUCUCGGGGUUGGAAGCUGUGGAUCCGCCGGUUGGGGUGGCUGUGGCGAUGGGGAGUACGAUGGAGUGUGGUGCGUGGUUUGUGUAUGAUGGUGAUGGGGGUGUUUCUUGUGUGAAGAUCUGUCUUGCGAAUGGGAUUUCUAUUGGUGAUUUUAUUGUGGCUAAUCCGUCGCUUGGGAGGAGGUCCUGUGAUUCGGAUUUGGUUGUGGGUGGUGCUUAUUGUGUGAAGCCUUUGGCUGUUUAGCUGGGGUGGUUAGGGAGAUGGCCUGUGUUCAUUUAUUUAUGAAAUAGAAGGGGACUUGUAUUACCAACUUAUUGAUCUUCAA